ACAGAAAAGGAUUUAUUGACGUUUCAAAGAUCAAGUGUGUGGAAAUAGUAAAGAAUGAUGACGGUGUCAUUCCCUGUCAAAAUAAAUAUCCAUUUCAGGUUGUUUAUGAUGCUAAUACACUUUACAUUUUUGCACCUACUGCACAAAGCAGAGACCGGUGGGUGAAGAAGUUAAAAGAAGAAAUAAAGAACAACAAUAAUAUUAUGAUUAAAUAUCAUCCUAAAUUCUGGGCAGAUGGAAGUUACCAGUGUUGCAGACAAACUGAAAAACUUGCACCUGGGUGUGAAAAAUAUAAUCUUUUUGAGAGUAGUAUAAGAAAAACAUUGCCUCCAGCACCAGAAACAAAGAAGCGAAGGCCUCCCCCACCAAUUCCUCCUGAAGAAGAAGAUAAUGGCGAAGAAAUAGUUGUAGCUAUGUAUGAUUUCCAAGCAACAGAAGCACAUGACCUUAGAUUAGAGAGAGGCCAAGAGUAUAUCAUAUUAGAAAAGAAUGACAUUCACUGGUGGCAAGCAAGAGACAAAUACGGGAGUGAAGGAUAUAUCCCAAGUAACUAUGUAACAGGAAAGAAAUCAAACAACUUAGACCAAUAUGAAUGGUAUUGCAGAAAUACAAACAGAAGCAAAGCAGAGCAGCUCCUCAGAAAUGAAGAUAAAGAAGGUGGUUUUAUGGUAAGGGAUUCCAGCCAACCAGGCUUGUACACAGUCUCCCUUUACACAAAGUUUGGAGGAGAAGGCUCAUCAGGCUUCAGACAUUAUCAUAUAAAGGAAACAACAACGUCCCCAAAGAAGUAUUACCUGGCAGAAAAACAUGCAUUUGGUUCAAUUGCUGAGAUUAUUGAGUACCAUAAACACAAUGCAGCAGGACUCGUCACAAGGUUGCGGUAUCCAGUUAGCGCAAAAGAGAAGAACGCACCAACCACUGCAGGAUUCAGCUAUGAAAAGUGGGAGAUUAACCCUUCAGAGCUGACCUUCAUGAGGGAGUUGGGGAGUGGACUGUUUGGCGUGGUGAGGCUUGGCAAGUGGCGAGCCCAGUACAAAGUGGCCAUCAAAGCCAUCAGGGAAGGUGCAAUGUGUGAAGAGGACUUUAUAGAAGAAGCCAAAGUGAUGAUGAAACUGACCCACCCGAAGUUAGUACAGCUUUACGGGGUCUGCACCCAGCAGAAGCCAAUCUACAUUGUUACGGAGUUCAUGGAAAGAGGCUGCCUCCUGAAUUUCCUCCGACAGAGACAAGGACAUUUUAGCAGAGAUGUGCUAUUGAGCAUGUGUCAGGAUGUGUGUGAAGGAAUGGAGUACCUGGAGAGAAACAGCUUCAUCCACAGAGACCUGGCUGCCAGAAAUUGUCUAGUAAAUGAGGCAGGAGUUGUGAAAGUGUCUGAUUUUGGAAUGGCCAGGUAUGUUCUGGAUGAUCAGUACACAAGUUCUUCUGGUGCUAAAUUUCCUGUGAAGUGGUGUCCUCCUGAAGUGUUUAAUUACAGCCGCUUUAGCAGCAAAUCAGAUGUCUGGUCAUUUGGUGUUUUAAUGUGGGAAAUAUUCACUGAAGGCAGAAUGCCCUUUGAGAAAAACACCAACUACGAGGUGGUAACCAUGGUUACGCGAGGCCACCGGCUCUACCCACCCAAGUUGGCAUCCAAAUACGUAUAUGAGGUGAUGCUGAGAUGUUGGCAGGAGAAACCAGAGGGAAGACCUUCCUUUGAAGAUUUGCUGCGCACAAUAGAUGAACUAGUUGAGUGUGAAGAAACUUUUGGAAGAUAACUGGUACUGUGACCAGUGGCUACCAGAUUCCAAAUCUCAAGGAAGAAAUGGCAUUUGUGCCUACUUUUAAUUUAUUUAGCACUGGGCAUGUAAAUUGUUUUACCUAUUAAGGUACAACUAAAGUAUUGGUUGUUAAUACAGAUUUGGCUCUGUGACUGAAUUUCCCAGAUUAUGAAAAUACUGUCUUAGUAUACUUCUACUCUGACCACUCUGUAGAUGAGAAGGCUAAGACUCAUGAAGUCGACAUAUGCCCAAGACCUCAGAUAGCUACAGAGAGCAGAGGCCUCUCUGACUCCAUCCCAUAGGCACUUGAGUGCCCGAUGAUGCUAACUAAGCUUAGGCCAUUGGGUUUUCCCAUUUUAAGGGUCUAAAUGGGGCCAGAAUAGCUGGUCCCCAUGGAAUGCCAACAUAUUUGAGAAGGGGAAGGGUUUUAGCCUCUCACUUCCCUUUCACUUCUGCAGAAAUCUGGGCCUGGAGCAUUUUCUGGAAUGUGGGCUCUAGAUGAACGAGGAACCCACCUUAGUUAGAUCUUGUCUUUAGUUUUGAAAACAUCUGUUUUUAAGACCGUCACUAGUAUUACAU